CCAGUGUCGCACACACCAAAGAGGAAAAAAAGGCCUUGUUUUUUCUUCGGAAAAAGGAGAGAGAGAAAAUUAUACUCCUUCUCUCUCUACUGUCCAGCCGCGGACACCAAGGCAGGCAGGGGCAGGCAGGCGGACAGGGAAGGCAAGAGGCGAGCUCGGCGAAGGCGCGCCAGCUGCUGCAUUGCGCUACAUUGGGCAGGAGGGCUCGCCGCAGGGGAGGGAGGCUCCGGAUCUUGGCGUCUCUGGGGCCGGCCGUAGCUGCCGCGUGCUUCGUUUGGUGGCGCUGCGCCCAUUGGCGGGCGGGCGGCCUCGGUCCAGCGCGGGGGCGUGAUCUGGCGCGCGCCGCCGACGCCGUUCGAGGUGGGGAGGCCUGGAUCUCGAAGCGCUGCUGUCGCUGCCGCGAGACUCUGCAGGGGGCACGGCGUGCUCAUCAGUCGCCCAACGCAGUCCGCUGAGCUGCCGACUGCGCCCGGCGGGCGGGAGAUCUGGCCCACGGCGCGGCGCUGCAGAUCCCCUGCCUGCGCGGGCACGGCUCACUGCUGCUGUGGAGGCUGUUGCGCGCGGCGGUGCCGAUGGGCUACGGGUAUGUGGAUCCCUUCCUGCCCCCGCAGCAGCAGCGGCAGGCGGCGUACGUCGCGCCCCAGGGGGACUUCGGGCAGCCGCAGGCGCAGCCGGCUCCGCGGCCACCGGCUUGCCCGUACUCGUCGUCCGCCUCCGCUCCGCCGGUCUCCGCGACCUACCAUUCUUCGCCUCCGGCAACGUCGCCUCCUCCGGUAAGUAGCCCACCUCCGGCGUCCCCUUUGCCGGAGCCAUCGCCGCCGCCUCCUGCACCAUUGCCGCCGUCGCCGCCGCCGCCGGCAUUGUCGCCUCCUCUGCCAGACGCUCCCCCUCCGUCGCUUCCACCGUCACCACUGCCAUACCCAACCCCGUCACCGCCUCAAGCCCCGCCGCCCCCGCAGGCGACGGACCAGCCGCGCGUUCAGCCCCGCGUAUACCCAUCACCGCCACCGCCGUCCCUUCCUCCGCCGCCGCCUCCCACCGUCUCGCCGCCAUCGCCGGCUCCAUCCAACUCACCAUCGCCGUCGCCUGCUCCAGCUGCACAAGCUCCGGCUCCCGCGCGUGUUGCUGCCUAUUCGCCUCCCCCGCCAAGAAUCGCUCCUCCGCCUCCUCCGCACUAUCACGGCAAGUCGCAUUACACGCCGCACUCGCCCGUGAAGUCGCACUCGAACUCGACCCAUGCAGCUAGUGGCAGCGGCAAGAACAUCGAGAUAUCGAGGGAAGCAGCCACCACCAUUGUAGCACUGGCCGGUCUCGCUAUGCUCAGCUUUAUUGGCGCCACCAUUUGGUUCGUCAAGAAAAAGCGCCGGCGCAUAGAGCCCCCGGCAGCACUGCCUACUCAGCAACCAGCUCCACCACCACCGCCCAAUUACAUUCCAUCUUCGGCUGGAUCCUCACUAGCUUCAGACGGGUUCUACUUGAGAUCGCCAGGGUAUCCUUUCAUGAGGUACAGCACUGGGAGCCAUGGUUUUCCAUACUCUCCAGCGGACUCUGGGAUUGGGUAUUCCCAUAUGCUGUUCACACCAGAGAAUUUGGCAGCUAUCACAGAUGACUUUGCAGAAGAGAACCUUUUGGGCGAAGGUGGAUUUGGGUGUGUGUUCAAGGGCAUUUUGCCAGAUGGGCGCCCAGUCGCCGUGAAGAAGCUCAAGAUUGGGAAUGGGCAAGGCGAGCGUGAGUUCAAGGCUGAGGUCGAUACUAUCAGCAGAGUACAUCAUAGGCAUUUGGUUUCUCUAGUAGGCUAUUGCAUUGCGGAGGGCCAGCGAAUGCUUGUUUAUGAUUUUGUUCCCAACAACACACUCUAUUACCACCUCCAUGUAAGUGAGGCAUCACUGGACUGGCGGACAAGGGUUAAGAUCGCAGCUGGAGCAGCCCGAGGGAUUGGUUACCUCCAUGAAGAUUGUCAUCCACGUAUUAUUCAUAGAGAUAUUAAAUCAUCCAAUAUUUUGUUGGACAACAACUUCGAAGCUCAGGUUUCUGAUUUUGGACUUGCAAGGUUAGCUGCCGAUUCCAAUACACAUGUCACCACACGUGUCAUGGGAACAUUUGGGUAUUUGGCUCCAGAGUAUGCAUUAUCAGGCAAGUUAACAGCAAAGUCUGAUGUAUAUUCUUUUGGGGUUGUUCUUUUGGAGCUUAUUACAGGAAGAAAACCUGUUGAUGCUUCUCAGCCGUUGGGAGAUGAAAGUCUGGUCGAAUGGGCUCGCCCUCUUCUGAUGAAGGCAAUUGAGCAUCGGGAGUUUGGGGACCUUCCUGACCCUAGGAUGGAAAACAGGUUCGAUGAAAACGAGAUGUUUCAUAUGAUCGGAGCUGCAGCUGCAUGCAUUCGGCAUUCUGCAGCAAUGAGGCCACGGAUGGGGCAGGUGGUUAGAGCACUAGAUAGUUUAGCAGACUCUAAUUUGAACAACGGCCUUCAACCCGGACGCAGCGAGGUAUUCUUAGAGCCACAAUCCGAGGAGAUUAGAUUGUUCCAGCUGAGGGAAUUCGGCAGCCGGGAUUGUAGCGACGAGUUGAGCCAAGCAAGCUGGAGAAGCCGAAGAGAUUUGUGAACAGAUUCGGUACAAGAUCAUUAACAUUCUUUUUGGUCAUUCUUUACAUGUAAUUAUCUCUUUUACAUGAUUCUUUCUUUUUUCUUUUUUUGUUACUCCUCCCUGAGGCAAUUCUUGUUCCCGGUGGAAUAAAUUUUGCAUUUUUUCAGGAGAUAAGUAAAUGAAUCCUCUUUUUUUUUUUCCCAGUGAAAGAGUACACAGAAAGUUUUGUUCCUGGCAUUCUCAGAUAAAUACUCCAGUAAACAAUCCUGCUCAUUGUCUAAAAAGAAGUAAACAAUCUUGCUA